AUGUCUACUUUCACUAAACCAAACCGUCCUCUAACCUGGCUCAUCACUGGAGCUACAUCAGGCUUCGGCGAAUCUCUCUGUCGUCUAGUCCUAGCUGGUGGCCACAAGCUGAUAGCGACGUCCCGCAACCCUUCUCGUAACCCCGAGCUUGCAGCUGAGAUCAACGCUCGUGGUAACGACAGCCAGUUAAUUCAACUUGACGUUGAUGACCGAAACAGUGGCCAGAUCAUCGAAUCUCUGGAGGCUUCCAGAAUUGAAAUCGACGUUCUGGUGAAUAACGCUGGGUAUUGUAUCUAUGCUCCCGUGGAAACGGCCGCCGAAGAGGAAGUACGAGCUCUGAUGGAAACAUUGUACUUCGGCCCUGUCAGGCUCGCUCGUGCUGUUCUACCUUACAUGCGCAGGCGUAGAUACGGCGUCAUCGUGAAUAUCAGCAGCGGCGCUGCUCUGGAUGGAAGAGAUAGUAUGGGGCUCUAUGCUGGAGCCAAGGCUGCGCUCGAUGGAAUAUCCAAAGUCCUUGCGAAGGAGGUUGCUCUGUUGGAAUCCGCACUCUAA